UAGAAAGUUCCAUCCACCCGCCAUACACAAUCGGCCACAACGCUACCAUACUCUCGGCCACCAACAGCAAGGGCAGCAGCAACAGCAAAUACAAAUGCAGCAGCGAAUCUUCGCCGAUCCUGCUGCUGUGACACACCACUUGCACCUACAUCAUCUUAGGGCUGCUGGGCAUGCUGCCCAAACGAUGACCAUUAAUCGAAAGUUCCAUGAUGGUAGUGGAGGAUCGGGUGGUGGGCAUCAUCAACCUUCAGAAAUAACUAGUAUUCCACCUCCGUUUUAUGGUGACGACAAUCCGCCCCCCCUGCCACCACUACGCAAUCCACAGAAAGCACUUCAACAACAGCUCUCAUCGUCGACGACGGUAACAACCCGUGGUGUAGAAAGUGAUGCAUGCGAUACACCCGUAGAUAGGCGGAUCUAUAUUUACUCCUCUGCCAAAUACGGUUCCAAUGGUGAUAAACCAUCACCUUCCCCGGCGUUAGCUGGAUGCAAUACUAACGGAAGUAGCACCAUAAAGCAACAACCGCACCGUGAACUGAAAGACGGUAAGAAUCCGCAAACCACCACGUUCUGCGCUACUGCUGCCCCAAACAGUAAACCACUGCCAUCGAUCAUCAACUGUCCGUUGCCGGAUAUACCUAGCAAAGGUGUUGCUGGAAUGGAACAGGGUGCGGUGGCCAAGGACGACAUCUACAUUAAACGCAAGCUACUCGCCGACCAUUCGAACGGCGGAAGUAAAUUUGCGACGCUCAAACCCAUCCAAGCACCGAAGAUUGAAGCACAGAAACUACCGCAUCCUGCCGAACCUGGUAAGACCUACAGCAACGAUACCAUUAGAAGCCUACAGCAGCAGGCGACAGCAGUACCGGACGUAAUUGUGGAGCCGCUUUCACCACCACCACCUCCGCCACUUCCAUUUAUACCAACGACGUCUGCAGAUGGUUGCGGCGGCGGUGGCUCAGCCGGAUCGUCCGGAUCAUCGGGAUACGGAACAGCAGCGGGAGGUUUGAUGCCAUGUCAAAUACAGGCGCUUCCGUUGCCUCCACCACCACUAGAAGUAUUUCAACAGCAGUCGAUGGAUAGUGACAGUAGUCAGCUGGCCGCGGGGCUCCGUCUGCCUCCGCCACCAACUAACGAAGAGCUGCAACAAAACGGAUGCACAAUGCUGAAUGGCGCGGGAACCAAUUGUCAGCAAACUCGUACGGUCGGAGCUGACCCUAGUUGUUUUUAUGCUGUGACAGAGCUUUAAACGAGUAAAAUCUCGGAAGUACAGCAUGACAUGGUAUCAUAAUUAAGGGUGGACUGAAUCGCGUCCUUUUAAUCGAUUGUAACAAACCUUGGCGGGUGUUCGUCCAAUCGGGAACGCAACAACACAGCACUAAUCGUUACAGGCAUAUUAAGAACCAGUGCUGCUCAACAACCUAUUUCGAAUUACACUUUUGAUUUUUUUUCUUUCGUCUUUACGCUUUAAAUAAAACAAAAAGCAGCUUAUGAAACACAAAAUAAUCUUACACAAUCCAAUCAACAACAUUUACAUUGUAAAUGUACGCCGCGUUACCGAAAACAGAAGCAUAGACCUAUUACCAUUCCCUGCGAAUCUCAUAGUUUUUAUCACUCAUCGAAGCUUCGGUUUGGUUUUUGGUCAAUCUAAAUAAGCUAAGGUACUGAAUUAAGUGGUUUUGCGUUCGUUAAUGUAGAACUCAAAGUAUUAAGCGAAUGGUGGAAUAAUAAUGAAAUUGUAGUGAACUCGAAAGGCGAUAUGGGGGAAUGAAAUGUAAGAAA